AUGAAGCUUGAAGACGAAGACAAGACAACUUUCAGAACCGAUCUCGGGAUCUUCUGUUAUACAAAGAUGCCAUUCGGUCUAAAAAACGCUGGCGCCACGUACCAGCGCCUGAUGGACAAGACCUUCGCUGGGGAUAUUGGGAAACACAUUGAGGUUUACAUCGAUGACCUGGUAGUGAGAAGUCCCGAAGAGGACCAAAUGUUGAAAGACAUCGAGAAAACUUUCAAGUCAUUGAGAAGCGUGAACAUGAAAUUGAAUCCAGCCAAAUGUUCCUUUGGUAUGGAGGAAGGGAAAUUCUUGGGCUUCAUAGUCACCAAUGGCGGAUUUAAGGUGAAUCCAGAGAAGGUCCAAGCAAUUGAGCGUACGCCAUCACCCAAAACAAUCAAAGAGAUGCAAAGGUUAGCUGGCCGCCUGGCCGCGCUUAACCGCUUCCUGUCAAAUCACGCCGCAAAGUCGUACCCUUUCAUAAGUACCUUGCGCAACUGUGUAAAAAAGCAAGAGUUCAGAUGGACGCCUGAAGCAGAAAGCGCUUUUCAGCAAAUGAAGGAGUGUUUGAUUGAACUCCCAACGUUGACCGCACCGUUCGAAAAGGAGCCGCUCAUAUUGUACUUGUCAUCAUCAGACAAGGCAGUGGGUUCGGUAUUGCUUGUAGAAAGAAACAGGGUCCAAACGCCAAUCUACUAUGUCAGUAGAAUGCUCACAGAUCCAGAAACAAGAUAUUCAACGAUGGAGAAACUGGUACUAGCGCUGCUACAUGCCUCUAGAAGGCUGCGCCGAUACUUCACAGGCCACGUCAUCACAGUACUGACCAAUUUCCACAUUGGGACGAUAUUACAAAAACCGGAGACAUCCGGGCGAUUAGCGAAGUGGGCGAUCGAGCUGGGGGGCCACAACAUUUUGUAUAGGCCGCGCCCAGCCAUCAAGGGUCAAGUCCUUGCAGACUUUAUCACAGAAGUCCCAGCGGAAAAGGUCAAAGAUUGUGAAAUCGUCGAAGCUCCCACAAAAGACACGUCAGAUGGGCUAUGGUUCCUAUACACAGAUGGUGCCUCAAACGAGGACGGCUCAGGAGCCGAAUUGCGCCUGGUGAGCCCAGAAAAGCAUGAAUUUACAUACGCUAUCAGGUUGGAUUUUAAAAAUACCAACAAUGAAGCAGAGUACGAGGCAUUUCUGGCAGGCUUGCGCCUCGCCAUUAAAAUGGGAGCUAAAAAUCUACAAGCGCACGUUGGUUCACUUUUGAUCGCCAGCCAAGUAAACGGAUUCUAUGAUGCAAAAGGCGACGUUUUGGCCUUAUAUCUGGAUCAAGCAAAAGAGCUGUUGCAGAAGUUCACGACAUACAGGGUCGUACACAUCAAUCGCUCUGAAAACAAACAGGCAGACGCCUUAAGCAAGCUCGCGUCAACUUCCUUUCAGCACCUUGCAAAGGAGGUAAGGAUUGAAGUGCUCAAAAAUCCAUCAGUCCUGCUGCGCCAGGUGAACGUGAUCGAAAUAGGGCAGCCAUCCUGGAUGACCCCUAUAAUCCACUAUCUACAGGAAUGGAUACUCCCAGAGAACAAGGAAGAGGCAAGGAAAAUCCAGCACAAAGCCCUGCAUUAUGAAAUGAAUGAUGGUAUUUUGUAUCGGAGGUCCUUCUUGGGUCCUUUAUUGCGUUGCGUAGACCCCCAAGACGCGAAUUACUUUAUCAGAGAAAUCCAUGAGGGGAUCUGUGGUAUCCAUGUGGGACCACGCAUGGUUGUGGCGAAGAUCAUGAACGUCGAAUAUUAUUGGCCAGGGAUGUAUGUCGACGCCCUGAAGGAGCUGCGCAAAUGCGACUCCUGUCGGCGGCACUCUCCAAAGACCCUGCGCCCUAAAAAUGAUCUUAUCCCAGUGACCACUUCUUGGCCUUUCCAACAGUGGGGGAUUGAUAUGGUGGGACCCUUCCCAGAUGCCCCUGGAGCCGUAAAAUUCAUAAUCGUGGCUGUCGAUUAUUUCACCAAAUGGGUGGAAGCCAAAGCCCUCACAUCAACCACUGCCAUGAUGGUGCGCAAACAACAGUACCAAUUUUGCCUCGGAGGAUCUUCAAAAGUGGAUGAAGGAAAUGAAGAUAGAACAUACCUUCUCAUCCGUUGCGCAUCCUCAGGGCAACGGUCAAAUGGAAAGCGUAAACAAAAGCAUCGUGGAGGGGAUAAAAGCCCGACUGGGCACGAAAAGAAGAGGCUGGGUAGAUGA